GGCCAACGGCCGUUGCAAUCCUGACGUUGUCAUUUUGACGCUUUCACAGCGCAGCAGUCUCACAGAGGCCAGCUUUGUGCGCGUCAUACCUGCAGCCACGCCAAUAUGAAGGAAUCGAAAAGUGAUGAGCAUUUUACUUAAGGGAGUAGGCCCGUAGUUACUGCGUCAGCCGUUGAGCAUUCCCCGGGUUUACACCAUUACCUACACCAUCCCCGUCACUUUUUGCGUUCCCUGUUUUUCACUCAUACCAGAUUUCCUCUUUUUGCUUAAUCUUUCCUUUCAGGGUCCAGGCCUCGAAGAAAACUAACCAGCCAUCGCGCGCGAAAAUUCACGACGUUGCGAAAAUGGCAUCCGCUGCAGAAGUUCACGGUGCGAAUGGCUUCAAUGGCCACCACCACCACCAUAAGCAGCAGAGAACCCAUCUCAGCGAAUUCGGCACUCACAUGGUAGCGGCGUCUGGUGAAUUUGUCGGUACUUUCUUCUUCCUGUACUUUGGCUAUGCCGGCAACAUUAUUGCUGUUCUUCAAGAGCCUGCCACCGGACCUAAUGGCACACUGGCCAACAACACUAUUAUCUGGAUCGCAAUGGCAUACGGCUUCUCCCUCUUGGUCAACGUUUGGGCCUUCUACCGAAUCAGCGGUGGAUUGUUUAACCCUGCGGUCACCUUUGGUCUCUGUCUCGCUGGCCAACUUCCAUGGAUGCGAGCGCUGUACCUAUUCCCAGCGCAGCUCAUUGCUUCAAUGUGCGCGGGUGGUCUAGUCGAAGCCAUGUUCCCCGGAAGUGCCUCACAGGCAAAUACCACGCUCGGUCCCAAUACUUCGAUAGCGCAGGGCGUCUUUCUUGAGAUGUUCUUUACAGCUCAAUUGGUCUUCGUUGUCUUGAUGCUUGCAGCGGAGAAAUCCCGCGAUACGUUUCUCGCGCCGAUUGGCAUUGGUCUCUCUGUUUUUGUGGCCCUCAUUCCAGGUGUCUUUGUUACAGGUGGAUCAUUAAACCCUGUGCGGUCUUUUGGCUGCGCUGUUGGUGGCAGAGACUUCCCCGGAUAUCACUGGCUUUACUGGGUAGGACCUCUUCUUGGUGGUGCUCUUGCUGCUGGCUACUUCAGGCUUGUCAAGAUGAUGCACUACGAGGAAGCAAACCCGGGGCAGGACAGUCCAGUCGACGUCUAAGAGGCGGCGACAGCGCAUCAGUAUGUUUGAGCAACAGUGGUGGCUUGGGUAUGUGUCUCGAACAGCAAUCUGCCACUUGUCAUUCACAUCAAGGGCAACAUCAUAAAGGGUUAUACACGGUAAUAAUUUGACGGUACGGCGGAGUUGAUCAUGAAGCGUGAUGACAUAUUAAUCACUGAAUGGCAAACGAAAGACUAAUAUCUCGCUCAAACCCAAGAAUUGCCAUGAUUAACCCUUUCUAAAAAAUUAAUAUACACCAAAUAACCCAUUUAAAGAUCUAAAAUCACGCUUUGAGGACCAAUGGUCCCUGUUCAUCUUGGAACACCACAUCCCACCAAUUCUGCUUCUCCUUCUUGGCCCAACUUGACGUGCAAACGGUGUCCAAGUCGGUGUUGACCAUACCACGCUGAGCAGGCAUGAACCGCCUGAUAGUUCGGUAUGCCUCAAGACCCCAGUAGAUAGCCCGACCUUCGGGGAUUUCAACCCUACCCAGAGGCUGCUGUCGGCGCUGAGUGAGCUGCGCGUUGACAAGCUGGCGGAGGUAGGGGAAGAACCACAUGCGGUCCCACCACAAGACUCUUCGGUUCUUCAGGUUGUUGAUGUGGGCGUUGUGAUGGAUGUUGAUGGGGAUAGCGGUGGUGAAGAAGUCGGCGUACAAAGUCAUGUCGCCCCAGUUCAGUGUGCGUCGGUCCUCUUCUGAGAGAAUACGCGCAAGAGGAUUUGUCGCAUUGGCAAUUUCCUCGGGGACAGCAGUCAGGCGAACAGGCUCAAUCUCGAGCUCUCGAGAUCGCUCAGCGAUAUAUGUCUGGUUGUUGAGUGUCAAGAUGUCACCGUCAUCCUCUUCGAAGACAGUGGGGAUGGAGAUGGUCUGAUUGUAGUCGAGGCCGACGUGGAACUCGAAUUGAUCGCGGACCAUAGUGGAAACAUUGUGAGAGGGAUUAAUGGCAUCGCCGAGCUCGCGUCGCCACGUGCGCCACAUCUCUUGCUCUCCCCAGAUCUCACCAAAGAAGCCCUGGUCACUGUAGAAGUGAUUUCCCUGCUCAGCCUUUCCAAACUCGUAACGCUCUUGGGCGCGACGGAAGUACUUUCGCAUGUCGCCGACAGGUCCAAUGAAGGCACCACUGUUGAUGUACUUGGGUCGGACAUCGACCAUGCGCAAGUUGGGAUCUUUGUCUGUCUCGGGUCCGUACAGAUCCUCACGAAGAGGAGACUCCGGAAGAGCAUCGCAGUGCAGGUUGGAACCGGACUUGGCGCGAGGCCAGCACCUCUUUUGGGCGGACACCAUGAUGGUCUGCUUCAUGGGCAUCUCUGACUUGUGUGGCCACUGAGCGCGAAGACGCUCGUUGGCCUCUUCGUUGAGAGCAUGGUAGCGCCAGAGGAGCACACUUGGGGGAAGCUGGAACCACGAGUCUGCGCUGUCGGCGACCAUGAUAAGAUCAUCCUCGUUCAAGUGGUCCUUGCUUGAACUGCCCUGGCGGGAGCUCCAGUCAAGAUAAUCGAGGACACCAGCGAUCUUGGCAAGAUGCGAGCCACUCUUGCCCCAGUUCAGGAUGACGGGGGCGGGAUAUCCAAGGGCAACUGCUGUGACAAUUGCUUUGCAGACGUUGACGCCGGGGGCGUUGGCUGGGAGGAGGAUGACGAGGCGGCGGUUGAAAAUGUUGCCCGCCUGGUUGGGAGGCUUGACCAUGGCGGGGAUGCCAGCGGGCGAAACGGGCGAAGCGGGUGAAGCGACGGGAGAGGCUGCAUCUUGAGUUUCGCCCAUCUCGAAGACGUCAGCCGUUCCAUCGGAGAGGUAUUGUCGGCCCUACAAUUGUCAGUCAAUUGAAGAUCCCAUCGGUGAUUGCGACGUCGCUUACCUCGAGAGCCGCAAGAGCCAAAAACGUGGGAAUGAGAAGAAUAGCCGCCAGCAUGAGCAAGAGGCCUCUCGUUGACAAUCGCAAGAACCUCCUCGGCACUAUCUGAGUGGCCUCAGUCUUAUCCUUGACAGCAUUUGUCGUCGGCAAUUCUUGGUAUCCGCCGCUGAACAUUUGGCGAAACCAGCCAGCACCCUCAUGAGUGCCCGUCAUAUUGAAG